AUGAACACUGAGGGAGAGCCGCUGUGUGGGCUCGGGGCGGCGCCCUCGCCCCUCAGGUGCCCUCAGGCGCUGAGGCGGGAACUCGAAGCCGCUGUGUGGGCCCGGGGCGGCGCCCUCGCCCCUCAGGUGCCCUCAGGUGCCCUCAGCCCCGGCGGCGGCGGGAUCUCGAAGCCGCUGUUUCCGCCGCUCUCGGCGAGGCGUCGGGCGGGGUCCCAUGCGCGGGCCCGGAGGCGCCCUCAAGCAGCGCCUGGGGUGAGACAGAGGAGGAAUGGACGACUGCCCUCACGAGUCUUCACGGUGUUUUGCUUUGCGGGCGGAAGAGAUGAGAAGCCGUGGGACGACGAGGCAAGAGCGAGCUGGAGGAGCGGCGUCUUCGAGCUCAAGAGUGGAACGGCGAGGCAAGAGCGAGCUGGAGGAGCGGCGUCUUCGAGCUCAAGAGUGGAACGGCGAGGCAAGAGCAAGCUUCAGCAUUGGCAGCUUGCAGCUCAGGAUUGGAACAGCGAGGCACAGGGUGUGGAGCUUCUCAGGCCUGAGCGUGUCAUCGUCCAUUGGCAGAAGCCGUGGGACGACGAGGCAAGAGCGGCAGCGUCUUCGAGCUCAAGAGUGGAACGGCGAGGCAAGAGCCAGCUUGGAGCUGAAGAGGGGCCAGGAGGGGCCCUCUGGGCAAAGGGCUUUUCCAGGCCAGGGCACCUUCAGGGUGCCGCGGCUGGCUUUGCACCUGGCGCCCUCCCUGUCUGCAGGGCUGGGUCUUUGCUGUGGUCGGCCUUUUGCCGUCGUGCUCCUUUGGCUGCCCGGAGAGAGGGGCAACGCUGUAAGGAGGGGGAGAGCCCCUGUCUCCGCACCUGGGAGGGGAAACGGAGCUCUCCCGGCCCCCAGCCCGGCUACCCUGUAAGCAGGGCAGGGCUUUUCCCCAGCCCCGGCAGCUUUCUGCCUGCUGCUGGCCCCUGGCCAGCGUGACCCCCUGUACUCGGGGCGCGUCACAGCCCACGUCCCUGUGCCAGCCCUGAAGCGCCUCAGCGCGUCGAGGCCCCUGCGGCCUCCUUGGAGUGCACGGGCAGGGUCUGAUGCUUUCCUCUCCCGCUCAGUUUUAGGAAUGGCUCCCUAGAGCAGGUUGGCUGCACGGAACUUGCUCCCUCUUCUGGGACUGUCUUGCCCUCCCCUGUCUUCCCUUCCCCUGUCUUCCCCUUAGCUGGUGUGAGUGAGGAAGUGUGUUUGUGCUUCAGCCCCCCCUUUAGAGAUAGAGCAGCGUAGCUUAGACUUCCCAGGAGGGAAAGAGGGGUUCUGUGCAGCCACAGGCGGGUGCCCAAAAUGCACGGGUGGAGAAAGUGUCCGGCCUUGCCCCUGCUUUCUGAGGACAGCGCGAAGCCGCCUAACGGCAGCGGGGCAUUGUGACCCGCCUGUAGCCAGGGCCUGGGUCCUGCCGGCCCCGUACUCGGGGCACGUGUCGGGACCUUGCAGCGCCCUUUGCCCCAGGAGCAGCCCCACCCAGGUCCCUGUAAGCAGGGCUGGGGAGGCUCCUUUAGCCAGCUGACAGGAACCAGCGCUCCCGGGCCCUUGCCAGGGGGCAGGUUGAAGAAGUGCUGUGCCGCAGGGCGCGGUCCCACCUUUGGCGCUGCUUUGGGCUGGUGCCACCUCCCUGGCGGCCUUGUUGAGGAGGCUCCCGGGGCUCCUGCAGACGGCUGUGUGCCGUGCUGCGCCGCGGCUGGGCUCCGGCCUCUCCCUAAGUGGGGCGCAGGCCGGAGCCUGUGCUCCGUGGUGCUUGUUGGGGGGUGCCGGGCUGCAGGGGACGGCCCCGUAAGUGGGGUUCUGUGCGUCCCCUGGCCUCGGCGGGCGGUUGGAGGGACCCCCUGUAAUCAGGCGGGUAUCCCUGGCCCCGGUCUUUCAGAGGCGUGGGGCCAGGAGUCAUGGGGCCAGGCAUGCGCCCUCCCUGUCCUCAGGGCUGGGCUCGCGGCCCCUCGGGCCCCUCGGCCUUAGGCCGUGAGCUCGACUGCCUGACUCUAGAGGCUGGUUCCUGUUGCCUUGGGGGAAGGCCGAGCUCCGUGGCUCCCUGGGUGUGGGCCGGCCUGUAAGCAGGCUGCGGGUCUGGGAGCCUUUGUGCUCCCUUCAGCUGGCAGCCUGCGUGGGGCGCCCGCCCCGUUAGUGGGGAGCGGCCCGGAAUUGGAGAGAAGGAGCCUCCUUAGGCCUUGGGGACCAGAGCCGCCCUGUAAGUCGGGGCCAGUGCUCUGGGGCCCCGGGCACUUUGCAGUCCAGGCAGCGGCUUGAGCCCCCUGUAAGCAGGGGUGCAGCCUCUUGGCCGCUGCUUUGCACGCCCAGCUUCAUUUGCCCAGAGGGCCCGGCUCCCAGCACGGCGUGGGACCGCGUCGGACGUUGCGAUGAAGCCGUGGGACGACGAGGCAAGAGCGAGCUGGAGGAGCGGCGUCUUCGAGCUCAAGAGUGGAACGGCGAGGCAAGAGCGAGCUGGAGGAGCGGCGUCUUCGAGCUCAAGAGUGGAACGGCGAGGCAAGAGCAAGCUUCAGCAUUGGCAGCUUGCAGCUCAGGAUUGGAACAGCGAGAAGCCGUGGGACGACGAGGCAAGAGCGGCAGCGUCUUCGAGCUCAAGAGUGGAACGGCGAGGCAAGAGCCAGCUUGGAGCUGAAGAGGGGCCAGGAGGGGCCCUCUGGGCAAAGGGCUUUUCCAGGCCAGGGCACCUUCAGGGUGCCGCGGCUGGCUUUGCACUGGGCGCCCUCCCUGUCUGCAGGGCUGGGUCUUUGCUGUGGUCGGCCUUUUGCCGCCGUGCUCCUUUGGCUGCCCGGAGAGAGGGGCAACGCUGUAAGGAGGGGGAGAGCCCCUGUCUCCGCACCUGGGAGGGGAAACGGAGCUCUCCCGGCCCCCAGCCCGGCUACCCUGUAAGCAGGGCAGGGCUUUUCCCCAGCCCCGGCAGCUUUCUGCCUGCUGCUGGCCCCUGGCCAGCGUGACCCCCUGUACUCGGGGCGCGUCACAGCCCACGUCCCUGUGCCAGCCCUGAAGCGCCUCAGCGCGUCGAGGCCCCUGCGGCCUCCUUGGAGUGCACGGGCAGGGUCUGAUGCUUUCCUCUCCCGCUCAGUUUUAGGAAUGGCUCCCUAGAGCAGGUUGGCUGCACGGAACUUGCUCCCUCUUCUGGGACUGUCUUGCCCUCCCCUGUCUUCCCUUCCCCUGUCUUCCCCUUAGCUGGUGUGAGUGAGGAAGUGUGUUUGUGCUUCAGCCCCCCCUUUAGAGAUAGAGCAGCGUAGCUUAGACUUCCCAGGAGGGAAAGAGGGGUUCUGUGCAGCCACAGGCGGGUGCCCAAAAUGCACGGGUGGAGAAAGUGUCCGGCCUUGCCCCUGCUUUCUGAGGACAGCGCGAAGCCGCCUAACGGCAGCGGGGCAUUGUGACCCGCCUGUAGCCAGGGCCUGGGUCCUGCCGGCCCCGUACUCGGGGCACGUGUCGGGACCUUGCAGCGCCCUUUGCCCCAGGAGCAGCCCCACCCAGGUCCCUGUGAGCAGGGCUGGGGAGGCUCCUUUAGCCAGCUGACAGGAACCAGCGCUCCCGGGCCCUUGCCAGGGGGCAGGUUGAAGAAGUGCUGUGCCGCAGGGCGCGGUCCCACCUUUGGCGCUGCUUUGGGCUGGUGCCACCUCCCUGGCGGCCUUGUUGAGGAGGCUCCCGGGGCUCCUGCAGACGGCUGUGUGCCGUGCUGCGCCGCGGCUGGGCUCCGGCCUCUCCCUAAGUGGGGCGCAGGCCGGAGCCUGUGCUCCGUGGUGCUUGUUGGGGGGUGCCGGGCUGCAGGGGACGGCCCCGUAAGUGGGGUUCUGUGCGUCCCCUGGCCUCGGCGGGCGGUUGGAGGGACCCCCUGUAAUCAGGCGGGUAUCCCUGGCCCCGGUCUUUCAGAGGCGUGGGGCCAGGAGUCAUGGGGCCAGGCAUGCGCCCUCCCUGUCCUCAGGGCUGGGCUCGCGGCCCCUCGGGCCCCUCGGCCUUAGGCCGUGAGCUCGACUGCCUGACUCUAGAGGCUGGUUCCUGUUGCCUUGGGGGAAGGCCGAGCUCCGUGGCUCCCUGGGUGUGGGCCGGCCUGUAAGCAGGCUGCGGGUCUGGGAGCCUUUGUGCUCCCUUCAGCUGGCAGCCUGCGUGGGGCGCCCGCCCCGUUAGUGGGGAGCGGCCCGGAAUUGGAGAGAAGGAGCCUCCUUAGGCCUUGGGGACCAGAGCCGCCCUGUAAGUCGGGGCCAGUGCUCUGGGGCCCCGGGCACUUUGCAGUCCAGGCAGCGGCUUGAGCCCCCUGUAAGCAGGGGUGCAGCCUCUUGGCCGCUGCUUUGCACGCCCAGCUUCAUUUGCCCAGAGGGCCCGGCUCCCAGCACGGCGUGGGACCGCGUCGGACGUUGCGAUGAAGCCGUGGGACGACGAGGCAAGAGCGAGCUGGAGGAGCGGCGUCUUCGAGCUCAAGAGUGGAACGGCGAGGCAAGAGCGAGCUGGAGGAGCGGCGUCUUCGAGCUCAAGAGUGGAACGGCGAGGCAAGAGCAAGCUUCAGCAUUGGCAGCUUGCAGCUCAGGAUUGGAACAGCGAGAAGCCGUGGGACGACGAGGCAAGAGCGGCAGCGUCUUCGAGCUCAAGAGUGGAACGGCGAGGCAAGAGCCAGCUUGGAGCUGAAGAGGGGCCAGGAGGGGCCCUCUGGGCAAAGGGCUUUUCCAGGCCAGGGCACCUUCAGGGUGCCGCGGCUGGCUUUGCACUGGGCGCCCUCCCUGUCUGCAGGGCUGGGUCUUUGCUGUGGUCGGCCUUUUGCCGUCGUGCUCCUUUGGCUGCCCGGAGAGAGGGGCAACGCUGUAAGGAGGGGGAGAGCCCCUGUCUCCGCACCUGGGAGGGGAAACGGAGCUCUCCCGGCCCCCAGCCCGGCUACCCUGUAAGCAGGGCAGGGCUUUUCCCCAGCCCCGGCAGCUUUCUGCCUGCUGCUGGCCCCUGGCCAGCGUGACCCCCUGUACUCGGGGCGCGUCACAGCCCACGUCCCUGUGCCAGCCCUGAAGCGCCUCAGCGCGUCGAGGCCCCUGCGGCCUCCUUGGAGUGCACGGGCAGGGUCUGAUGCUUUCCUCUCCCGCUCAGUUUUAGGAAUGGCUCCCUAGAGCAGGUUGGCUGCACGGAACUUGCUCCCUCUUCUGGGACUGUCUUGCCCUCCCCUGUCUUCCCUUCCCCUGUCUUCCCCUUAGCUGGUGUGAGUGAGGAAGUGUGUUUGUGCUUCAGCCCCCCCUUUAGAGAUAGAGCAGCGUAGCUUAGACUUCCCAGGAGGGAAAGAGGGGUUCUGUGCAGCCACAGGCGGGUGCCCAAAAUGCACGGGUGGAGAAAGUGUCCGGCCUUGCCCCUGCUUUCUGAGGACAGCGCGAAGCCGCCUAACGGCAGCGGGGCAUUGUGACCCGCCUGUAGCCAGGGCCUGGGUCCUGCCGGCCCCGUACUCGGGGCACGUGUCGGGACCUUGCAGCGCCCUUUGCCCCAGGAGCAGCCCCACCCAGGUCCCUGUGAGCAGGGCUGGGGAGGCUCCUUUAGCCAGCUGACAGGAACCAGCGCUCCCGGGCCCUUGCCAGGGGGCAGGUUGAAGAAGUGCUGUGCCGCAGGGCGCGGUCCCACCUUUGGCGCUGCUUUGGGCUGGUGCCACCUCCCUGGCGGCCCUGUUGAGGAGGCUCCCGGGGCUCCUGCAGACGGCUGUGUGCCGUGCUGCGCCGCGGCUGGGCUCCGGCCUCUCCCUAAGUGGGGCGCAGGCCGGAGCCUGUGCUCCGUGGUGCUUGUUGGGGGGUGCCGGGCUGCAGGGGACGGCCCCGUAAGUGGGGUUCUGUGCGUCCCCUGGCCUCGGCGGGCGGUUGGAGGGACCCCCUGUAAUCAGGCGGGUAUCCCUGGCCCCGGUCUUUCAGAGGCGUGGGGCCAGGAGUCAUGGGGCCAGGCAUGCGCCCUCCCUGUCCUCAGGGCUGGGCUCGCGGCCCCUCGGGCCCCUCGGCCUUAGGCCGUGAGCUCGACUGCCUGACUCUAGAGGCUGGUUCCUGUUGCCUUGGGGGAAGGCCGAGCUCCGUGGCUCCCUGGGUGUGGGCCGGCCUGUAAGCAGGCUGCGGGUCUGGGAGCCUUUGUGCUCCCUUCAGCUGGCAGCCUGCGUGGGGCGCCCGCCCCGUUAGUGGGGAGCGGCCCGGAAUUGGAGAGAAGGAGCCUCCUUAGGCCUUGGGGACCAGAGCCGCCCUGUAAGUCGGGGCCAGUGCUCUGGGGCCCCGGGCACUUUGCAGUCCAGGCAGCGGCUUGAGCCCCCUGUAAGCAGGGGUGCAGCCUCUUGGCCGCUGCUUUGCACGCCCAGCUUCAUUUGCCCAGAGGGCCCGGCUCCCAGCACGGCGUGGGACCGCGUCGGACGUUGCGAUGAAGCCGUGGGACGACGAGGCAAGAGCGAGCUGGAGGAGCGGCGUCUUCGAGCUCAAGAGUGGAACGGCGAGGCAAGAGCGAGCUGGAGGAGCGGCGUCUUCGAGCUCAAGAGUGGAACGGCGAGGCAAGAGCAAGCUUCAGCAUUGGCAGCUUGCAGCUCAGGAUUGGAACAGCGAGAAGCCGUGGGACGACGAGGCAAGAGCGGCAGCGUCUUCGAGCUCAAGAGUGGAACGGCGAGGCAAGAGCCAGCUUGGAGCUGAAGAGGGGCCAGGAGGGGCCCUCUGGGCAAAGGGCUUUUCCAGGCCAGGGCACCUUCAGGGUGCCGCGGCUGGCUUUGCACUGGGCGCCCUCCCUGUCUGCAGGGCUGGGUCUUUGCUGUGGUCGGCCUUUUGCCGUCGUGCUCCUUUGGCUGCCCGGAGAGAGGGGCAACGCUGUAAGGAGGGGGAGAGCCCCUGUCUCCGCACCUGGGAGGGGAAACGGAGCUCUCCCGGCCCCCAGCCCGGCUACCCUGUAAGCAGGGCAGGGCUUUUCCCCAGCCCCGGCAGCUUUCUGCCUGCUGCUGGCCCCUGGCCAGCGUGACCCCCUGUACUCGGGGCGCGUCACAGCCCACGUCCCUGUGCCAGCCCUGAAGCGCCUCAGCGCGUCGAGGCCCCUGCGGCCUCCUUGGAGUGCACGGGCAGGGUCUGAUGCUUUCCUCUCCCGCUCAGUUUUAGGAAUGGCUCCCUAGAGCAGGUUGGCUGCACGGAACUUGCUCCCUCUUCUGGGACUGUCUUGCCCUCCCCUGUCUUCCCUUCCCCUGUCUUCCCCUUAGCUGGUGUGAGUGAGGAAGUGUGUUUGUGCUUCAGCCCCCCCUUUAGAGAUAGAGCAGCGUAGCUUAGACUUCCCAGGAGGGAAAGAGGGGUUCUGUGCAGCCACAGGCGGGUGCCCAAAAUGCACGGGUGGAGAAAGUGUCCGGCCUUGCCCCUGCUUUCUGAGGACAGCGCGAAGCCGCCUAACGGCAGCGGGGCAUUGUGACCCGCCUGUAGCCAGGGCCUGGGUCCUGCCGGCCCCGUACUCGGGGCACGUGUCGGGACCUUGCAGCGCCCUUUGCCCCAGGAGCAGCCCCACCCAGGUCCCUGUGAGCAGGGCUGGGGAGGCUCCUUUAGCCAGCUGACAGGAACCAGCGCUCCCGGGCCCUUGCCAGGGGGCAGGUUGAAGAAGUGCUGUGCCGCAGGGCGCGGUCCCACCUUUGGCGCUGCUUUGGGCUGGUGCCACCUCCCUGGCGGCCCUGUUGAGGAGGCUCCCGGGGCUCCUGCAGACGGCUGUGUGCCGUGCUGCGCCGCGGCUGGGCUCCGGCCUCUCCCUAAGUGGGGCGCAGGCCGGAGCCUGUGCUCCGUGGUGCUUGUUGGGGGGUGCCGGGCUGCAGGGGACGGCCCCGUAAGUGGGGUUCUGUGCGUCCCCUGGCCUCGGCGGGCGGUUGGAGGGACCCCCUGUAAUCAGGCGGGUAUCCCUGGCCCCGGUCUUUCAGAGGCGUGGGGCCAGGAGUCAUGGGGCCAGGCAUGCGCCCUCCCUGUCCUCAGGGCUGGGCUCGCGGCCCCUCGGGCCCCUCGGCCUUAGGCCGUGAGCUCGACUGCCUGACUCUAGAGGCUGGUUCCUGUUGCCUUGGGGGAAGGCCGAGCUCCGUGGCUCCCUGGGUGUGGGCCGGCCUGUAAGCAGGCUGCGGGUCUGGGAGCCUUUGUGCUCCCUUCAGCUGGCAGCCUGCGUGGGGCGCCCGCCCCGUUAGUGGGGAGCGGCCCGGAAUUGGAGAGAAGGAGCCUCCUUAGGCCUUGGGGACCAGAGCCGCCCUGUAAGUCGGGGCCAGUGCUCUGGGGCCCCGGGCACUUUGCAGUCCAGGCAGCGGCUUGAGCCCCCUGUAAGCAGGGGUGCAGCCUCUUGGCCGCUGCUUUGCACGCCCAGCUUCAUUUGCCCAGAGGGCCCGGCUCCCAGCACGGCGUGGGACCGCGUCGGACGUUGCGAUGAAGCCGUGGGACGACGAGGCAAGAGCGAGCUGGAGGAGCGGCGUCUUCGAGCUCAAGAGUGGAACGGCGAGGCAAGAGCGAGCUGGAGGAGCGGCGUCUUCGAGCUCAAGAGUGGAACGGCGAGGCAAGAGCAAGCUUCAGCAUUGGCAGCUUGCAGCUCAGGAUUGGAACAGCGAGAAGCCGUGGGACGACGAGGCAAGAGCGGCAGCGUCUUCGAGCUCAAGAGUGGAACGGCGAGGCAAGAGCCAGCUUGGAGCUGAAGAGGGGCCAGGAGGGGCCCUCUGGGCAAAGGGCUUUUCCAGGCCAGGGCACCUUCAGGGUGCCGCGGCUGGCUUUGCACUGGGCGCCCUCCCUGUCUGCAGGGCUGGGUCUUUGCUGUGGUCGGCCUUUUGCCGCCGUGCUCCUUUGGCUGCCCGGAGAGAGGGGCAACGCUGUAAGGAGGGGGAGAGCCCCUGUCUCCGCACCUGGGAGGGGAAACGGAGCUCUCCCGGCCCCCAGCCCGGCUACCCUGUAAGCAGGGCAGGGCUUUUCCCCAGCCCCGGCAGCUUUCUGCCUGCUGCUGGCCCCUGGCCAGCGUGACCCCCUGUACUCGGGGCGCGUCACAGCCCACGUCCCUGUGCCAGCCCUGAAGCGCCUCAGCGCGUCGAGGCCCCUGCGGCCUCCUUGGAGUGCACGGGCAGGGUCUGAUGCUUUCCUCUCCCGCUCAGUUUUAGGAAUGGCUCCCUAGAGCAGGUUGGCUGCACGGAACUUGCUCCCUCUUCUGGGACUGUCUUGCCCUCCCCUGUCUUCCCUUCCCCUGUCUUCCCCUUAGCUGGUGUGAGUGAGGAAGUGUGUUUGUGCUUCAGCCCCCCCUUUAGAGAUAGAGCAGCGUAGCUUAGACUUCCCAGGAGGGAAAGAGGGGUUCUGUGCAGCCACAGGCGGGUGCCCAAAAUGCACGGGUGGAGAAAGUGUCCGGCCUUGCCCCUGCUUUCUGAGGACAGCGCGAAGCCGCCUAACGGCAGCGGGGCAUUGUGACCCGCCUGUAGCCAGGGCCUGGGUCCUGCCGGCCCCGUACUCGGGGCACGUGUCGGGACCUUGCAGCGCCCUUUGCCCCAGGAGCAGCCCCACCCAGGUCCCUGUGAGCAGGGCUGGGGAGGCUCCUUUAGCCAGCUGACAGGAACCAGCGCUCCCGGGCCCUUGCCAGGGGGCAGGUUGAAGAAGUGCUGUGCCGCAGGGCGCGGUCCCACCUUUGGCGCUGCUUUGGGCUGGUGCCACCUCCCUGGCGGCCCUGUUGAGGAGGCUCCCGGGGCUCCUGCAGACGGCUGUGUGCCGUGCUGCGCCGCGGCUGGGCUCCGGCCUCUCCCUAAGUGGGGCGCAGGCCGGAGCCUGUGCUCCGUGGUGCUUGUUGGGGGGUGCCGGGCUGCAGGGGACGGCCCCGUAAGUGGGGUUCUGUGCGUCCCCUGGCCUCGGCGGGCGGUUGGAGGGACCCCCUGUAAUCAGGCGGGUAUCCCUGGCCCCGGUCUUUCAGAGGCGUGGGGCCAGGAGUCAUGGGGCCAGGCAUGCGCCCUCCCUGUCCUCAGGGCUGGGCUCGCGGCCCCUCGGGCCCCUCGGCCUUAGGCCGUGAGCUCGACUGCCUGACUCUAGAGGCUGGUUCCUGUUGCCUUGGGGGAAGGCCGUGCUCCGUGGCUCCCUGGGUGUGGGCCGGCCUGUAAGCAGGCUGCGGGUCUGGGAGCCUUUGUGCUCCCUUCAGCUGGCAGCCUGCGUGGGGCGCCCGCCCCGUUAGUGGGGAGCGGCCCGGAAUUGGAGAGAAGGAGCCUCCUUAGGCCUUGGGGACCAGAGCCGCCCUGUAAGUCGGGGCCAGUGCUCUGGGGCCCCGGGCACUUUGCAGUCCAGGCAGCGGCUUGAGCCCCCUGUAAGCAGGGGUGCAGCCUCUUGGCCGCUGCUUUGCACGCCCAGCUUCAUUUGCCCAGAGGGCCCGGCUCCCAGCACGGCGUGGGACCGCGUCGGACGUUGCGAUGAAGCCGUGGGACGACGAGGCAAGAGCGAGCUGGAGGAGCGGCGUCUUCGAGCUCAAGAGUGGAACGGCGAGGCAAGAGCGAGCUGGAGGAGCGGCGUCUUCGAGCUCAAGAGUGGAACGGCGAGGCAAGAGCAAGCUUCAGCAUUGGCAGCUUGCAGCUCAGGAUUGGAACAGCGAGAAGCCGUGGGACGACGAGGCAAGAGCGGCAGCGUCUUCGAGCUCAAGAGUGGAACGGCGAGGCAAGAGCCAGCUUGGAGCUGAAGAGGGGCCAGGAGGGGCCCUCUGGGCAAAGGGCUUUUCCAGGCCAGGGCACCUUCAGGGUGCCGCGGCUGGCUUUGCACUGGGCGCCCUCCCUGUCUGCAGGGCUGGGUCUUUGCUGUGGUCGGCCUUUUGCCGUCGUGCUCCUUUGGCUGCCCGGAGAGAGGGGCAACGCUGUAAGGAGGGGGAGAGCCCCUGUCUCCGCACCUGGGAGGGGAAACGGAGCUCUCCCGGCCCCCAGCCCGGCUACCCUGUAAGCAGGGCAGGGCUUUUCCCCAGCCCCGGCAGCUUUCUGCCUGCUGCUGGCCCCUGGCCAGCGUGACCCCCUGUACUCGGGGCGCGUCACAGCCCACGUCCCUGUGCCAGCCCUGAAGCGCCUCAGCGCGUCGAGGCCCCUGCGGCCUCCUUGGAGUGCACGGGCAGGGUCUGAUGCUUUCCUCUCCCGCUCAGUUUUAGGAAUGGCUCCCUAGAGCAGGUUGGCUGCACGGAACUUGCUCCCUCUUCUGGGACUGUCUUGCCCUCCCCUGUCUUCCCUUCCCCUGUCUUCCCCUUAGCUGGUGUGAGUGAGGAAGUGUGUUUGUGCUUCAGCCCCCCCUUUAGAGAUAGAGCAGCGUAGCUUAGACUUCCCAGGAGGGAAAGAGGGGUUCUGUGCAGCCACAGGCGGGUGCCCAAAAUGCACGGGUGGAGAAAGAGUCCGGCCUUGCCCCUGCUUUCUGAGGACAGCGCGAAGCCGCCUAACGGCAGCGGGGCAUUGUGACCCGCCUGUAGCCAGGGCCUGGGUCCUGCCGGCCCCGUACUCGGGGCACGUGUCGGGACCUUGCAGCGCCCUUUGCCCCAGGAGCAGCCCCACCCAGGUCCCUGUGAGCAGGGCUGGGGAGGCUCCUUUAGCCAGCUGACAGGAACCAGCGCUCCCGGGCCCUUGCCAGGGGGCAGGUUGAAGAAGUGCUGUGCCGCAGGGCGCGGUCCCACCUUUGGCGCUGCUUUGGGCUGGUGCCACCUCCCUGGCGGCCCUGUUGAGGAGGCUCCCGGGGCUCCUGCAGACGGCUGUGUGCCGUGCUGCGCCGCGGCUGGGCUCCGGCCUCUCCCUAAGUGGGGCGCAGGCCGGAGCCUGUGCUCCGUGGUGCUUGUUGGGGGGUGCCGGGCUGCAGGGGACGGCCCCGUAAGUGGGGUUCUGUGCGUCCCCUGGCCUCGGCGGGCGGUUGGAGGGACCCCCUGUAAUCAGGCGGGUAUCCCUGGCCCCGGUCUUUCAGAGGCGUGGGGCCAGGAGUCAUGGGGCCAGGCAUGCGCCCUCCCUGUCCUCAGGGCUGGGCUCGCGGCCCCUCGGGCCCCUCGGCCUUAGGCCGUGAGCUCGACUGCCUGACUCUAGAGGCUGGUUCCUGUUGCCUUGGGGGAAGGCCGAGCUCCGUGGCUCCCUGGGUGUGGGCCGGCCUGUAAGCAGGCUGCGGGUCUGGGAGCCUUUGUGCUCCCUUCAGCUGGCAGCCUGCGUGGGGCGCCCGCCCCGUUAGUGGGGAGCGGCCCGGAAUUGGAGAGAAGGAGCCUCCUUAGGCCUUGGGGACCAGAGCCGCCCUGUAAGUCGGGGCCAGUGCUCUGGGGCCCCGGGCACUUUGCAGUCCAGGCAGCGGCUUGAGCCCCCUGUAAGCAGGGGUGCAGCCUCUUGGCCGCUGCUUUGCACGCCCAGCUUCAUUUGCCCAGAGGGCCCGGCUCCCAGCACGGCGUGGGACCGCGUCGGACGUUGCGAUGAAGCCGUGGGACGACGAGGCAAGAGCGAGCUGGAGGAGCGGCGUCUUCGAGCUCAAGAGUGGAACGGCGAGGCAAGAGCGAGCUGGAGGAGCGGCGUCUUCGAGCUCAAGAGUGGAACGGCGAGGCAAGAGCAAGCUUCAGCAUUGGCAGCUUGCAGCUCAGGAUUGGAACAGCGAGAAGCCGUGGGACGACGAGGCAAGAGCGGCAGCGUCUUCGAGCUCAAGAGUGGAACGGCGAGGCAAGAGCCAGCUUGGAGCUGAAGAGGGGCCAGGAGGGGCCCUCUGGGCAAAGGGCUUUUCCAGGCCAGGGCACCUUCAGGGUGCCGCGGCUGGCUUUGCACUGGGCGCCCUCCCUGUCUGCAGGGCUGGGUCUUUGCUGUGGUCGGCCUUUUGCCGUCGUGCUCCUUUGGCUGCCCGGAGAGAGGGGCAACGCUGUAAGGAGGGGGAGAGCCCCUGUCUCCGCACCUGGGAGGGGAAACGGAGCUCUCCCGGCCCCCAGCCCGGCUACCCUGUAAGCAGGGCAGGGCUUUUCCCCAGCCCCGGCAGCUUUCUGCCUGCUGCUGGCCCCUGGCCAGCGUGACCCCCUGUACUCGGGGCGCGUCACAGCCCACGUCCCUGUGCCAGCCCUGAAGCGCCUCAGCGCGUCGAGGCCCCUGCGGCCUCCUUGGAGUGCACGGGCAGGGUCUGAUGCUUUCCUCUCCCGCUCAGUUUUAGGAAUGGCUCCCUAGAGCAGGUUGGCUGCACGGAACUUGCUCCCUCUUCUGGGACUGUCUUGCCCUCCCCUGUCUUCCCUUCCCCUGUCUUCCCCUUAGCUGGUGUGAGUGAGGAAGUGUGUUUGUGCUUCAGCCCCCCCUUUAGAGAUAGAGCAGCGUAGCUUAGACUUCCCAGGAGGGAAAGAGGGGUUCUGUGCAGCCACAGGCGGGUGCCCAAAAUGCACGGGUGGAGAAAGUGUCCGGCCUUGCCCCUGCUUUCUGAGGACAGCGCGAAGCCGCCUAACGGCAGCGGGGCAUUGUGACCCGCCUGUAGCCAGGGCCUGGGUCCUGCCGGCCCCGUACUCGGGGCACGUGUCGGGACCUUGCAGCGCCCUUUGCCCCAGGAGCAGCCCCACCCAGGUCCCUGUGAGCAGGGCUGGGGAGGCUCCUUUAGCCAGCUGACAGGAACCAGCGCUCCCGGGCCCUUGCCAGGGGGCAGGUUGAAGAAGUGCUGUGCCGCAGGGCGCGGUCCCACCUUUGGCGCUGCUUUGGGCUGGUGCCACCUCCCUGGCGGCCUUGUUGAGGAGGCUCCCGGGGCUCCUGCAGACGGCUGUGUGCCGUGCUGCGCCGCGGCUGGGCUCCGGCCUCUCCCUAAGUGGGGCGCAGGCCGGAGCCUGUGCUCCGUGGUGCUUGUUGGGGGGUGCCGGGCUGCAGGGGACGGCCCCGUAAGUGGGGUUCUGUGCGUCCCCUGGCCUCGGCGGGCGGUUGGAGGGACCCCCUGUAAUCAGGCGGGUAUCCCUGGCCCCGGUCUUUCAGAGGCGUGGGGCCAGGAGUCAUGGGGCCAGGCAUGCGCCCUCCCUGUCCUCAGGGCUGGGCUCGCGGCCCCUCGGGCCCCUCGGCCUUAGGCCGUGAGCUCGACUGCCUGACUCUAGAGGCUGGUUCCUGUUGCCUUGGGGGAAGGCCGAGCUCCGUGGCUCCCUGGGUGUGGGCCGGCCUGUAAGCAGGCUGCGGGUCUGGGAGCCUUUGUGCUCCCUUCAGCUGGCAGCCUGCGUGGGGCGCCCGCCCCGUUAGUGGGGAGCGGCCCGGAAUUGGAGAGAAGGAGCCUCCUUAGGCCUUGGGGACCAGAGCCGCCCUGUAAGUCGGGGCCAGUGCUCUGGGGCCCCGGGCACUUUGCAGUCCAGGCAGCGGCUUGAGCCCCCUGUAAGCAGGGGUGCAGCCUCUUGGCCGCUGCUUUGCACGCCCAGCUUCAUUUGCCCAGAGGGCCCGGCUCCCAGCACGGCGUGGGACCGCGUCGGACGUUGCGAUGAAGCCGUGGGACGACGAGGCAAGAGCGAGCUGGAGGAGCGGCGUCUUCGAGCUCAAGAGUGGAACGGCGAGGCAAGAGCGAGCUGGAGGAGCGGCGUCUUCGAGCUCAAGAGUGGAACGGCGAGGCAAGAGCAAGCUUCAGCAUUGGCAGCUUGCAGCUCAGGAUUGGAACAGCGAGAAGCCGUGGGACGACGAGGCAAGAGCGGCAGCGUCUUCGAGCUCAAGAGUGGAACGGCGAGGCAAGAGCCAGCUUGGAGCUGAAGAGGGGCCAGGAGGGGCCCUCUGGGCAAAGGGCUUUUCCAGGCCAGGGCACCUUCAGGGUGCCGCGGCUGGCUUUGCACUGGGCGCCCUCCCUGUCUGCAGGGCUGGGUCUUUGCUGUGGUCGGCCUUUUGCCGUCGUGCUCCUUUGGCUGCCCGGAGAGAGGGGCAACGCUGUAAGGAGGGGGAGAGCCCCUGUCUCCGCACCUGGGAGGGGAAACGGAGCUCUCCCGGCCCCCAGCCCGGCUACCCUGUAAGCAGGGCAGGGCUUUUCCCCAGCCCCGGCAGCUUUCUGCCUGCUGCUGGCCCCUGGCCAGCGUGACCCCCUGUACUCGGGGCGCGUCACAGCCCACGUCCCUGUGCCAGCCCUGAAGCGCCUCAGCGCGUCGAGGCCCCUGCGGCCUCCUUGGAGUGCACGGGCAGGGUCUGAUGCUUUCCUCUCCCGCUCAGUUUUAGGAAUGGCUCCCUAGAGCAGGUUGGCUGCACGGAACUUGCUCCCUCUUCUGGGACUGUCUUGCCCUCCCCUGUCUUCCCUUCCCCUGUCUUCCCCUUAGCUGGUGUGAGUGAGGAAGUGUGUUUGUGCUUCAGCCCCCCCUUUAGAGAUAGAGCAGCGUAGCUUAGACUUCCCAGGAGGGAAAGAGGGGUUCUGUGCAGCCACAGGCGGGUGCCCAAAAUGCACGGGUGGAGAAAGUGUCCGGCCUUGCCCCUGCUUUCUGAGGACAGCGCGAAGCCGCCUAACGGCAGCGGGGCAUUGUGACCCGCCUGUAGCCAGGGCCUGGGUCCUGCCGGCCCCGUACUCGGGGCACGUGUCGGGACCUUGCAGCGCCCUUUGCCCCAGGAGCAGCCCCACCCAGGUCCCUGUAAGCAGGGCUGGGGAGGCUCCUUUAGCCAGCUGACAGGAACCAGCGCUCCCGGGCCCUUGCCAGGGGGCAGGUUGAAGAAGUGCUGUGCCGCAGGGCGCGGUCCCACCUUUGGCGCUGCUUUGGGCUGGUGCCACCUCCCUGGCGGCCUUGUUGAGGAGGCUCCCGGGGCUCCUGCAGACGGCUGUGUGCCGUGCUGCGCCGCGGCUGGGCUCCGGCCUCUCCCUAAGUGGGGCGCAGGCCGGAGCCUGUGCUCCGUGGUGCUUGUUGGGGGGUGCCGGGCUGCAGGGGACGGCCCCGUAAGUGGGGUUCUGUGCGUCCCCUGGCCUCGGCGGGCGGUUGGAGGGACCCCCUGUAAUCAGGCGGGUAUCCCUGGCCCCGGUCUUUCAGAGGCGUGGGGCCAGGAGUCAUGGGGCCAGGCAUGCGCCCUCCCUGUCCUCAGGGCUGGGCUCGCGGCCCCUCGGGCCCCUCGGCCUUAGGCCGUGAGCUCGACUGCCUGACUCUAGAGGCUGGUUCCUGUUGCCUUGGGGGAAGGCCGAGCUCCGUGGCUCCCUGGGUGUGGGCCGGCCUGUAAGCAGGCUGCGGGUCUGGGAGCCUUUGUGCUCCCUUCAGCUGGCAGCCUGCGUGGGGCGCCCGCCCCGUUAGUGGGGAGCGGCCCGGAAUUGGAGAGAAGGAGCCUCCUUAGGCCUUGGGGACCAGAGCCGCCCUGUAAGUCGGGGCCAGUGCUCUGGGGCCCCGGGCACUUUGCAGUCCAGGCAGCGGCUUGAGCCCCCUGUAAGCAGGGGUGCAGCCUCUUGGCCGCUGCUUUGCACGCCCAGCUUCAUUUGCCCAGAGGGCCCGGCUCCCAGCACGGCGUGGGACCGCGUCGGACGUUGCGAUGAAGCCGUGGGACGACGAGGCAAGAGCGAGCUGGAGGAGCGGCGUCUUCGAGCUCAAGAGUGGAACGGCGAGGCAAGAGCGAGCUGGAGGAGCGGCGUCUUCGAGCUCAAGAGUGGAACGGCGAGGCAAGAGCAAGCUUCAGCAUUGGCAGCUUGCAGCUCAGGAUUGGAACAGCGAGAAGCCGUGGGACGACGAGGCAAGAGCGGCAGCGUCUUCGAGCUCAAGAGUGGAACGGCGAGGCAAGAGCCAGCUUGGAGCUGAAGAGGGGCCAGGAGGGGCCCUCUGGGCAAAGGGCUUUUCCAGGCCAGGGCACCUUCAGGGUGCCGCGGCUGGCUUUGCACUGGGCGCCCUCCCUGUCUGCAGGGCUGGGUCUUUGCUGUGGUCGGCCUUUUGCCGCCGUGCUCCUUUGGCUGCCCGGAGAGAGGGGCAACGCUGUAAGGAGGGGGAGAGCCCCUGUCUCCGCACCUGGGAGGGGAAACGGAGCUCUCCCGGCCCCCAGCCCGGCUACCCUGUAAGCAGGGCAGGGCUUUUCCCCAGCCCCGGCAGCUUUCUGCCUGCUGCUGGCCCCUGGCCAGCGUGACCCCCUGUACUCGGGGCGCGUCACAGCCCACGUCCCUGUGCCAGCCCUGAAGCGCCUCAGCGCGUCGAGGCCCCUGCGGCCUCCUUGGAGUGCACGGGCAGGGUCUGAUGCUUUCCUCUCCCGCUCAGUUUUAGGAAUGGCUCCCUAGAGCAGGUUGGCUGCACGGAACUUGCUCCCUCUUCUGGGACUGUCUUGCCCUCCCCUGUCUUCCCUUCCCCUGUCUUCCCCUUAGCUGGUGUGAGUGAGGAAGUGUGUUUGUGCUUCAGCCCCCCCUUUAGAGAUAGAGCAGCGUAGCUUAGACUUCCCAGGAGGGAAAGAGGGGUUCUGUGCAGCCACAGGCGGGUGCCCAAAAUGCACGGGUGGAGAAAGAGUCCGGCCUUGCCCCUGCUUUCUGAGGACAGCGCGAAGCCGCCUAACGGCAGCGGGGCAUUGUGACCCGCCUGUAGCCAGGGCCUGGGUCCUGCCGGCCCCGUACUCGGGGCACGUGUCGGGACCUUGCAGCGCCCUUUGCCCCAGGAGCAGCCCCACCCAGGUCCCUGUAAGCAGGGCUGGGGAGGCUCCUUUAGCCAGCUGACAGGAACCAGCGCUCCCGGGCCCUUGCCAGGGGGCAGGUUGAAGAAGUGCUGUGCCGCAGGGCGCGGUCCCACCUUUGGCGCUGCUUUGGGCUGGUGCCACCUCCCUGGCGGCCUUGUUGAGGAGGCUCCCGGGGCUCCUGCAGACGGCUGUGUGCCGUGCUGCGCCGCGGCUGGGCUCCGGCCUCUCCCUAAGUGGGGCGCAGGCCGGAGCCUGUGCUCCGUGGUGCUUGUUGGGGGGUGCCGGGCUGCAGGGGACGGCCCCGUAAGUGGGGUUCUGUGCGUCCCCUGGCCUCGGCGGGCGGUUGGAGGGACCCCCUGUAAUCAGGCGGGUAUCCCUGGCCCCGGUCUUUCAGAGGCGUGGGGCCAGGAGUCAUGGGGCCAGGCAUGCGCCCUCCCUGUCCUCAGGGCUGGGCUCGCGGCCCCUCGGGCCCCUCGGCCUUAGGCCGUGAGCUCGACUGCCUGACUCUAGAGGCUGGUUCCUGUUGCCUUGGGGGAAGGCCGAGCUCCGUGGCUCCCUGGGUGUGGGCCGGCCUGUAAGCAGGCUGCGGGUCUGGGAGCCUUUGUGCUCCCUUCAGCUGGCAGCCUGCGUGGGGCGCCCGCCCCGUUAGUGGGGAGCGGCCCGGAAUUGGAGAGAAGGAGCCUCCUUAGGCCUUGGGGACCAGAGCCGCCCUGUAAGUCGGGGCCAGUGCUCUGGGGCCCCGGGCACUUUGCAGUCCAGGCAGCGGCUUGAGCCCCCUGUAAGCAGGGGUGCAGCCUCUUGGCCGCUGCUUUGCACGCCCAGCUUCAUUUGCCCAGAGGGCCCGGCUCCCAGCACGGCGUGGGACCGCGUCGGACGUUGCGAUGAAGCCGUGGGACGACGAGGCAAGAGCGAGCUGGAGGAGCGGCGUCUUCGAGCUCAAGAGUGGAACGGCGAGGCAAGAGCGAGCUGGAGGAGCGGCGUCUUCGAGCUCAAGAGUGGAACGGCGAGGCAAGAGCAAGCUUCAGCAUUGGCAGCUUGCAGCUCAGGAUUGGAACAGCGAGAAGCCGUGGGACGACGAGGCAAGAGCGGCAGCGUCUUCGAGCUCAAGAGUGGAACGGCGAGGCAAGAGCCAGCUUGGAGCUGAAGAGGGGCCAGGAGGGGCCCUCUGGGCAAAGGGCUUUUCCAGGCCAGGGCACCUUCAGGGUGCCGCGGCUGGCUUUGCACUGGGCGCCCUCCCUGUCUGCAGGGCUGGGUCUUUGCUGUGGUCGGCCUUUUGCCGUCGUGCUCCUUUGGCUGCCCGGAGAGAGGGGCAACGCUGUAAGGAGGGGGAGAGCCCCUGUCUCCGCACCUGGGAGGGGAAACGGAGCUCUCCCGGCCCCCAGCCCGGCUACCCUGUAAGCAGGGCAGGGCUUUUCCCCAGCCCCGGCAGCUUUCUGCCUGCUGCUGGCCCCUGGCCAGCGUGACCCCCUGUACUCGGGGCGCGUCACAGCCCACGUCCCUGUGCCAGCCCUGAAGCGCCUCAGCGCGUCGAGGCCCCUGCGGCCUCCUUGGAGUGCACGGGCAGGGUCUGAUGCUUUCCUCUCCCGCUCAGUUUUAGGAAUGGCUCCCUAGAGCAGGUUGGCUGCACGGAACUUGCUCCCUCUUCUGGGACUGUCUUGCCCUCCCCUGUCUUCCCUUCCCCUGUCUUCCCCUUAGCUGGUGUGAGUGAGGAAGUGUGUUUGUGCUUCAGCCCCCCCUUUAGAGAUAGAGCAGCGUAGCUUAGACUUCCCAGGAGGGAAAGAGGGGUUCUGUGCAGCCACAGGCGGGUGCCCAAAAUGCACGGGUGGAGAAAGAGUCCGGCCUUGCCCCUGCUUUCUGAGGACAGCGCGAAGCCGCCUAACGGCAGCGGGGCAUUGUGACCCGCCUGUAGCCAGGGCCUGGGUCCUGCCGGCCCCGUACUCGGGGCACGUGUCGGGACCUUGCAGCGCCCUUUGCCCCAGGAGCAGCCCCACCCAGGUCCCUGUAAGCAGGGCUGGGGAGGCUCCUUUAGCCAGCUGACAGGAACCAGCGCUCCCGGGCCCUUGCCAGGGGGCAGGUUGAAGAAGUGCUGUGCCGCAGGGCGCGGUCCCACCUUUGGCGCUGCUUUGGGCUGGUGCCACCUCCCUGGCGGCCCUGUUGAGGAGGCUCCCGGGGCUCCUGCAGACGGCUGUGUGCCGUGCUGCGCCGCGGCUGGGCUCCGGCCUCUCCCUAAGUGGGGCGCAGGCCGGAGCCUGUGCUCCGUGGUGCUUGUUGGGGGGUGCCGGGCUGCAGGGGACGGCCCCGUAAGUGGGGUUCUGUGCGUCCCCUGGCCUCGGCGGGCGGUUGGAGGGACCCCCUGUAAUCAGGCGGGUAUCCCUGGCCCCGGUCUUUCAGAGGCGUGGGGCCAGGAGUCAUGGGGCCAGGCAUGCGCCCUCCCUGUCCUCAGGGCUGGGCUCGCGGCCCCUCGGGCCCCUCGGCCUUAGGCCGUGAGCUCGACUGCCUGACUCUAGAGGCUGGUUCCUGUUGCCUUGGGGGAAGGCCGAGCUCCGUGGCUCCCUGGGUGUGGGCCGGCCUGUAAGCAGGCUGCGGGUCUGGGAGCCUUUGUGCUCCCUUCAGCUGGCAGCCUGCGUGGGGCGCCCGCCCCGUUAGUGGGGAGCGGCCCGGAAUUGGAGAGAAGGAGCCUCCUUAGGCCUUGGGGACCAGAGCCGCCCUGUAAGUCGGGGCCAGUGCUCUGGGGCCCCGGGCACUUUGCAGUCCAGGCAGCGGCUUGAGCCCCCUGUAAGCAGGGGUGCAGCCUCUUGGCCGCUGCUUUGCACGCCCAGCUUCAUUUGCCCAGAGGGCCCGGCUCCCAGCACGGCGUGGGACCGCGUCGGACGUUGCGAUGAAGCCGUGGGACGACGAGGCAAGAGCGAGCUGGAGGAGCGGCGUCUUCGAGCUCAAGAGUGGAACGGCGAGGCAAGAGCGAGCUGGAGGAGCGGCGUCUUCGAGCUCAAGAGUGGAACGGCGAGGCAAGAGCAAGCUUCAGCAUUGGCAGCUUGCAGCUCAGGAUUGGAACAGCGAGAAGCCGUGGGACGACGAGGCAAGAGCGGCAGCGUCUUCGAGCUCAAGAGUGGAACGGCGAGGCAAGAGCCAGCUUGGAGCUGAAGAGGGGCCAGGAGGGGCCCUCUGGGCAAAGGGCUUUUCCAGGCCAGGGCACCUUCAGGGUGCCGCGGCUGGCUUUGCACUGGGCGCCCUCCCUGUCUGCAGGGCUGGGUCUUUGCUGUGGUCGGCCUUUUGCCGUCGUGCUCCUUUGGCUGCCCGGAGAGAGGGGCAACGCUGUAAGGAGGGGGAGAGCCCCUGUCUCCGCACCUGGGAGGGGAAACGGAGCUCUCCCGGCCCCCAGCCCGGCUACCCUGUAAGCAGGGCAGGGCUUUUCCCCAGCCCCGGCAGCUUUCUGCCUGCUGCUGGCCCCUGGCCAGCGUGACCCCCUGUACUCGGGGCGCGUCACAGCCCACGUCCCUGUGCCAGCCCUGAAGCGCCUCAGCGCGUCGAGGCCCCUGCGGCCUCCUUGGAGUGCACGGGCAGGGUCUGAUGCUUUCCUCUCCCGCUCAGUUUUAGGAAUGGCUCCCUAGAGCAGGUUGGCUGCACGGAACUUGCUCCCUCUUCUGGGACUGUCUUGCCCUCCCCUGUCUUCCCUUCCCCUGUCUUCCCCUUAGCUGGUGUGAGUGAGGAAGUGUGUUUGUGCUUCAGCCCCCCCUUUAGAGAUAGAGCAGCGUAGCUUAGACUUCCCAGGAGGGAAAGAGGGGUUCUGUGCAGCCACAGGCGGGUGCCCAAAAUGCACGGGUGAAGAAAGAGUCCGGCCUUGCCCCUGCUUUCUGAGGACAGCGCGAAGCCGCCUAACGGCAGCGGGGCAUUGUGACCCGCCUGUAGCCAGGGCCUGGGUCCUGCCGGCCCCGUACUCGGGGCACGUGUCGGGACCUUGCAGCGCCCUUUGCCCCAGGAGCAGCCCCACCCAGGUCCCUGUAAGCAGGGCCGGGGAGGCUCCUUUAGCCAGCUGACAGGAACCAGCGCUCCCGGGCCCUUGCCAGGGGGCAGGUUGAAGAAGUGCUGUGCCGCAGGGCGCGGUCCCACCUUUGGCGCUGCUUUGGGCUGGUGCCACCUCCCUGGCGGCCCUGUUGAGGAGGCUCCCGGGGCUCCUGCAGACGGCUGUGUGCCGUGCUGCGCCGCAGCUGGGCUCCGGCCUCUCCCUAAGUGGGGCGCAGGCCGGAGCCUGUGCUCCGUGGUGCUUGUUGGGGGGUGCCGGGCUGCAGGGGACGGCCCCGUAAGUGGGGUUCUGUGCGUCCCCUGGCCUCGGCGGGCGGUUGGAGGGACCCCCUGUAAUCAGGCGGGUAUCCCUGGCCCCGGUCUUUCAGAGGCGUGGGGCCAGGAGUCAUGGGGCCAGGCAUGCGCCCUCCCUGUCCUCAGGGCUGGGCUCGCGGCCCCUCGGGCCCCUCGGCCUUAGGCCGUGAGCUCGACUGCCUGACUCUAGAGGCUGGUUCCUGUUGCCUUGGGGGAAGGCCGAGCUCCGUGGCUCCCUGGGUGUGGGCCGGCCUGUAAGCAGGCUGCGGGUCUGGGAGCCUUUGUGCUCCCUUCAGCUGGCAGCCUGCGUGGGGCGCCCGCCCCGUUAGUGGGGAGCGGCCCGGAAUUGGAGAGAAGGAGCCUCCUUAGGCCUUGGGGACCAGAGCCGCCCUGUAAGUCGGGGCCAGUGCUCUGGGGCCCCGGGCACUUUGCAGUCCAGGCAGCGGCUUGAGCCCCCUGUAAGCAGGGGUGCAGCCUCUUGGCCGCUGCUUUGCACGCCCAGCUUCAUUUGCCCAGAGGGCCCGGCUCCCAGCACGGCGUGGGACCGCGUCGGACGUUGCGAUGAAGCCGUGGGACGACGAGGCAAGAGCGAGCUGGAGGAGCGGCGUCUUCGAGCUCAAGAGUGGAACGGCGAGGCAAGAGCGAGCUGGAGGAGCGGCGUCUUCGAGCUCAAGAGUGGAACGGCGAGGCAAGAGCAAGCUUCAGCAUUGGCAGCUUGCAGCUCAGGAUUGGAACAGCGAGAAGCCGUGGGACGACGAGGCAAGAGCGGCAGCGUCUUCGAGCUCAAGAGUGGAACGGCGAGGCAAGAGCCAGCUUGGAGCUGAAGAGGGGCCAGGAGGGGCCCUCUGGGCAAAGGGCUUUUCCAGGCCAGGGCACCUUCAGGGUGCCGCGGCUGGCUUUGCACUGGGCGCCCUCCCUGUCUGCAGGGCUGGGUCUUUGCUGUGGUCGGCCUUUUGCCGUCGUGCUCCUUUGGCUGCCCGGAGAGAGGGGCAACGCUGUAAGGAGGGGGAGAGCCCCUGUCUCCGCACCUGGGAGGGGAAACGGAGCUCUCCCGGCCCCCAGCCCGGCUACCCUGUAAGCAGGGCAGGGCUUUUCCCCAGCCCCGGCAGCUUUCUGCCUGCUGCUGGCCCCUGGCCAGCGUGACCCCCUGUACUCGGGGCGCGUCACAGCCCACGUCCCUGUGCCAGCCCUGAAGCGCCUCAGCGCGUCGAGGCCCCUGCGGCCUCCUUGGAGUGCACGGGCAGGGUCUGAUGCUUUCCUCUCCCGCUCAGUUUUAGGAAUGGCUCCCUAGAGCAGGUUGGCUGCACGGAACUUGCUCCCUCUUCUGGGACUGUCUUGCCCUCCCCUGUCUUCCCUUCCCCUGUCUUCCCCUUAGCUGGUGUGAGUGAGGAAGUGUGUUUGUGCUUCAGCCCCCCCUUUAGAGAUAGAGCAGCGUAGCUUAGACUUCCCAGGAGGGAAAGAGGGGUUCUGUGCAGCCACAGGCGGGUGCCCAAAAUGCACGGGUGGAGAAAGAGUCCGGCCUUGCCCCUGCUUUCUGAGGACAGCGCGAAGCCGCCUAACGGCAGCGGGGCAUUGUGACCCGCCUGUAGCCAGGGCCUGGGUCCUGCCGGCCCCGUACUCGGGGCACGUGUCGGGACCUUGCAGCGCCCUUUGCCCCAGGAGCAGCCCCACCCAGGUCCCUGUAAGCAGGGCUGGGGAGGCUCCUUUAGCCAGCUGACAGGAACCAGCGCUCCCGGGCCCUUGCCAGGGGGCAGGUUGAAGAAGUGCUGUGCCGCAGGGCGCGGUCCCACCUUUGGCGCUGCUUUGGGCUGGUGCCACCUCCCUGGCGGCCUUGUUGAGGAGGCUCCCGGGGCUCCUGCAGACGGCUGUGUGCCGUGCUGCGCCGCGGCUGGGCUCCGGCCUCUCCCUAAGUGGGGCGCAGGCCGGAGCCUGUGCUCCGUGGUGCUUGUUGGGGGGUGCCGGGCUGCAGGGGACGGCCCCGUAAGUGGGGUUCUGUGCGUCCCCUGGCCUCGGCGGGCGGUUGGAGGGACCCCCUGUAAUCAGGCGGGUAUCCCUGGCCCCGGUCUUUCAGAGGCGUGGGGCCAGGAGUCAUGGGGCCAGGCAUGCGCCCUCCCUGUCCUCAGGGCUGGGCUCGCGGCCCCUCGGGCCCCUCGGCCUUAGGCCGUGAGCUCGACUGCCUGACUCUAGAGGCUGGUUCCUGUUGCCUUGGGGGAAGGCCGAGCUCCGUGGCUCCCUGGGUGUGGGCCGGCCUGUAAGCAGGCUGCGGGUCUGGGAGCCUUUGUGCUCCCUUCAGCUGGCAGCCUGCGUGGGGCGCCCGCCCCGUUAGUGGGGAGCGGCCCGGAAUUGGAGAGAAGGAGCCUCCUUAGGCCUUGGGGACCAGAGCCGCCCUGUAAGUCGGGGCCAGUGCUCUGGGGCCCCGGGCACUUUGCAGUCCAGGCAGCGGCUUGAGCCCCCUGUAAGCAGGGGUGCAGCCUCUUGGCCGCUGCUUUGCACGCCCAGCUUCAUUUGCCCAGAGGGCCCGGCUCCCAGCACGGCGUGGGACCGCGUCGGACGUUGCGAUGAAGCCGUGGGACGACGAGGCAAGAGCGAGCUGGAGGAGCGGCGUCUUCGAGCUCAAGAGUGGAACGGCGAGGCAAGAGCGAGCUGGAGGAGCGGCGUCUUCGAGCUCAAGAGUGGAACGGCGAGGCAAGAGCGAGCUUCAGCAUUGGCAGCUUGCAGCUCAGGAUUGGAACAGCGAGAAGCCGUGGGACGACGAGGCAAGAGCGGCAGCGUCUUCGAGCUCAAGAGUGGAACGGCGAGGCAAGAGCCAGCUUGGAGCUGAAGAGGGGCCAGGAGGGGCCCUCUGGGCAAAGGGCUUUUCCAGGCCAGGGCACCUUCAGGGUGCCGCGGCUGGCUUUGCACUGGGCGCCCUCCCUGUCUGCAGGGCUGGGUCUUUGCUGUGGUCGGCCUUUUGCCGUCGUGCUCCUUUGGCUGCCCGGAGAGAGGGGCAACGCUGUAAGGAGGGGGAGAGCCCCUGUCUCCGCACCUGGGAGGGGAAACGGAGCUCUCCCGGCCCCCAGCCCGGCUACCCUGUAAGCAGGGCAGGGCUUUUCCCCAGCCCCGGCAGCUUUCUGCCUGCUGCUGGCCCCUGGCCAGCGUGACCCCCUGUACUCGGGGCGCGUCACAGCCCACGUCCCUGUGCCAGCCCUGAAGCGCCUCAGCGCGUCGAGGCCCCUGCGGCCUCCUUGGAGUGCACGGGCAGGGUCUGAUGCUUUCCUCUCCCGCUCAGUUUUAGGAAUGGCUCCCUAGAGCAGGUUGGCUGCACGGAACUUGCUCCCUCUUCUGGGACUGUCUUGCCCUCCCCUGUCUUCCCUUCCCCUGUCUUCCCCUUAGCUGGUGUGAGUGAGGAAGUGUGUUUGUGCUUCAGCCCCCCCUUUAGAGAUAGAGCAGCGUAGCUUAGACUUCCCAGGAGGGAAAGAGGGGUUCUGUGCAGCCACAGGCGGGUGCCCAAAAUGCACGGGUGGAGAAAGAGUCCGGCCUUGCCCCUGCUUUCUUAGGACAGCGCGAAGCCGCCUAACGGCAGCGGGGCAUUGUGACCCGCCUGUAGCCAGGGCCUGGGUCCUGCCGGCCCCGUACUCGGGGCACGUGUCGGGACCUUGCAGCGCCCUUUGCCCCAGGAGCAGCCCCACCCAGGUCCCUGUAAGCAGGGCCGGGGAGGCUCCUUUAGCCAGCUGACAGGAACCAGCGCUCCCGGGCCCUUGCCAGGGGGCAGGUUGAAGAAGUGCUGUGCCGCAGGGCGCGGUCCCACCUUUGGCGCUGCUUUGGGCUGGUGCCACCUCCCUGGCGGCCCUGUUGAGGAGGCUCCCGGGGCUCCUGCAGACGGCUGUGUGCCGUGCUGCGCCGCGGCUGGGCUCCGGCCUCUCCCUAAGUGGGGCGCAGGCCGGAGCCUGUGCUCCGUGGUGCUUGUUGGGGGGUGCCGGGCUGCAGGGGACGGCCCCGUAAGUGGGGUUCUGUGCGUCCCCUGGCCUCGGCGGGCGGUUGGAGGGACCCCCUGUAAUCAGGCGGGUAUCCCUGGCCCCGGUCUUUCAGAGGCGUGGGGCCAGGAGUCAUGGGGCCAGGCAUGCGCCCUCCCUGUCCUCAGGGCUGGGCUCGCGGCCCCUCGGGCCCCUCGGCCUUAGGCCGUGAGCUCGACUGCCUGACUCUAGAGGCUGGUUCCUGUUGCCUUGGGGGAAGGCCGAGCUCCGUGGCUCCCUGGGUGUGGGCCGGCCUGUAAGCAGGCUGCGGGUCUGGGAGCCUUUGUGCUCCCUUCAGCUGGCAGCCUGCGUGGGGCGCCCGCCCCGUUAGUGGGGAGCGGCCCGGAAUUGGAGAGAAGGAGCCUCCUUAGGCCUUGGGGACCAGAGCCGCCCUGUAAGUCGGGGCCAGUGCUCUGGGGCCCCGGGCACUUUGCAGUCCAGGCAGCGGCUUGAGCCCCCUGUAAGCAGGGGUGCAGCCUCUUGGCCGCUGCUUUGCACGCCCAGCUUCAUUUGCCCAGAGGGCCCGGCUCCCAGCACGGCGUGGGACCGCGUCGGACGUUGCGAUGAAGCCGUGGGACGACGAGGCAAGAGCGAGCUGGAGGAGCGGCGUCUUCGAGCUCAAGAGUGGAACGGCGAGGCAAGAGCGAGCUGGAGGAGCGGCGUCUUCGAGCUCAAGAGUGGAACGGCGAGGCAAGAGCAAGCUUCAGCAUUGGCAGCUUGCAGCUCAGGAUUGGAACAGCGAGAAGCCGUGGGACGACGAGGCAAGAGCGGCAGCGUCUUCGAGCUCAAGAGUGGAACGGCGAGGCAAGAGCCAGCUUGGAGCUGAAGAGGGGCCAGGAGGGGCCCUCUGGGCAAAGGGCUUUUCCAGGCCAGGGCACCUUCAGGGUGCCGCGGCUGGCUUUGCACUGGGCGCCCUCCCUGUCUGCAGGGCUGGGUCUUUGCUGUGGUCGGCCUUUUGCCGUCGUGCUCCUUUGGCUGCCCGGAGAGAGGGGCAACGCUGUAAGGAGGGGGAGAGCCCCUGUCUCCGCACCUGGGAGGGGAAACGGAGCUCUCCCGGCCCCCAGCCCGGCUACCCUGUAAGCAGGGCAGGGCUUUUCCCCAGCCCCGGCAGCUUUCUGCCUGCUGCUGGCCCCUGGCCAGCGUGACCCCCUGUACUCGGGGCGCGUCACAGCCCACGUCCCUGUGCCAGCCCUGAAGCGCCUCAGCGCGUCGAGGCCCCUGCGGCCUCCUUGGAGUGCACGGGCAGGGUCUGAUGCUUUCCUCUCCCGCUCAGUUUUAGGAAUGGCUCCCUAGAGCAGGUUGGCUGCACGGAACUUGCUCCCUCUUCUGGGACUGUCUUGCCCUCCCCUGUCUUCCCUUCCCCUGUCUUCCCCUUAGCUGGUGUGAGUGAGGAAGUGUGUUUGUGCUUCAGCCCCCCCUUUAGAGAUAGAGCAGCGUAGCUUAGACUUCCCAGGAGGGAAAGAGGGGUUCUGUGCAGCCACAGGCGGGUGCCCAAAAUGCACGGGUGGAGAAAGAGUCCGGCCUUGCCCCUGCUUUCUGAGGACAGCGCGAAGCCGCCUAACGGCAGCGGGGCAUUGUGACCCGCCUGUAGCCAGGGCCUGGGUCCUGCCGGCCCCGUACUCGGGGCACGUGUCGGGACCUUGCAGCGCCCUUUGCCCCAGGAGCAGCCCCACCCAGGUCCCUGUAAGCAGGGCUGGGGAGGCUCCUUUAGCCAGCUGACAGGAACCAGCGCUCCCGGGCCCUUGCCAGGGGGCAGGUUGAAGAAGUGCUGUGCCGCAGGGCGCGGUCCCACCUUUGGCGCUGCUUUGGGCUGGUGCCACCUCCCUGGCGGCCUUGUUGAGGAGGCUCCCGGGGCUCCUGCAGACGGCUGUGUGCCGUGCUGCGCCGCGGCUGGGCUCCGGCCUCUCCCUAAGUGGGGCGCAGGCCGGAGCCUGUGCUCCGUGGUGCUUGUUGGGGGGUGCCGGGCUGCAGGGGACGGCCCCGUAAGUGGGGUUCUGUGCGUCCCCUGGCCUCGGCGGGCGGUUGGAGGGACCCCCUGUAAUCAGGCGGGUAUCCCUGGCCCCGGUCUUUCAGAGGCGUGGGGCCAGGAGUCAUGGGGCCAGGCAUGCGCCCUCCCUGUCCUCAGGGCUGGGCUCGCGGCCCCUCGGCCUUAGGCCGUGAGCUCGACUGCCUGACUCUAGAGGCUGGUUCCUGUUGCCUUGGGGGAAGGCCGAGCUCCGUGGCUCCCUGGGUGUGGGCCGGCCUGUAAGCAGGCUGCGGGUCUGGGAGCCUUUGUGCUCCCUUCAGCUGGCAGCCUGCGUGGGGCGCCCGCCCCGUUAGUGGGGAGCGGCCCGGAAUUGGAGAGAAGGAGCCUCCUUAGGCCUUGGGGACCAGAGCCGCCCUGUAAGUCGGGGCCAGUGCUCUGGGGCCCCGGGCACUUUGCAGUCCAGGCAGCGGCUUGAGCCCCCUGUAAGCAGGGGUGCAGCCUCUUGGCCGCUGCUUUGCACGCCCAGCUUCAUUUGCCCAGAGGGCCCGGCUCCCAGCACGGCGUGGGACCGCGUCGGACGUUGCGAUGAAGCCGUGGGACGACGAGGCAAGAGCGAGCUGGAGGAGCGGCGUCUUCGAGCUCAAGAGUGGAACGGCGAGGCAAGAGCGAGCUGGAGGAGCGGCGUCUUCGAGCUCAAGAGUGGAACGGCGAGGCAAGAGCGAGCUGGAGGAGCGGCGUCUUCGAGCUCAAGAGUGGAACGGCGAGGCAAGAGCAAGCUUCAGCAUUGGCAGCUUGCAGCUCAGGAUUGGAACAGCGAGAAGCCGUGGGACGACGAGGCAAGAGCGGCAGCGUCUUCGAGCUCAAGAGUGGAACGGCGAGGCAAGAGCCAGCUUGGAGCUGAAGAGGGGCCAGGAGGGGCCCUCUGGGCAAAGGGCUUUUCCAGGCCAGGGCACCUUCAGGGUGCCGCGGCUGGCUUUGCACUGGGCGCCCUCCCUGUCUGCAGGGCUGGGUCUUUGCUGUGGUCGGCCUUUUGCCGUCGUGCUCCUUUGGCUGCCCGGAGAGAGGGGCAACGCUGUAAGGAGGGGGAGAGCCCCUGUCUCCGCACCUGGGAGGGGAAACGGAGCUCUCCCGGCCCCCAGCCCGGCUACCCUGUAAGCAGGGCAGGGCUUUUCCCCAGCCCCGGCAGCUUUCUGCCUGCUGCUGGCCCCUGGCCAGCGUGACCCCCUGUACUCGGGGCGCGUCACAGCCCACGUCCCUGUGCCAGCCCUGAAGCGCCUCAGCGCGUCGAGGCCCCUGCGGCCUCCUUGGAGUGCACGGGCAGGGUCUGAUGCUUUCCUCUCCCGCUCAGUUUUAGGAAUGGCUCCCUAGAGCAGGUUGGCUGCACGGAACUUGCUCCCUCUUCUGGGACUGUCUUGCCCUCCCCUGUCUUCCCUUCCCCUGUCUUCCCCUUAGCUGGUGUGAGUGAGGAAGUGUGUUUGUGCUUCAGCCCCCCCUUUAGAGAUAGAGCAGCGUAGCUUAGACUUCCCAGGAGGGAAAGAGGGGUUCUGUGCAGCCACAGGCGGGUGCCCAAAAUGCACGGGUGGAGAAAGUGUCCGGCCUUGCCCCUGCUUUCUGAGGACAGCGCGAAGCCGCCUAACGGCAGCGGGGCAUUGUGACCCGCCUGUAGCCAGGGCCUGGGUCCUGCCGGCCCCGUACUCGGGGCACGUGUCGGGACCUUGCAGCGCCCUUUGCCCCAGGAGCAGCCCCACCCAGGUCCCUGUAAGCAGGGCUGGGGAGGCUCCUUUAGCCAGCUGACAGGAACCAGCGCUCCCGGGCCCUUGCCAGGGGGCAGGUUGAAGAAGUGCUGUGCCGCAGGGCGCGGUCCCACCUUUGGCGCUGCUUUGGGCUGGUGCCACCUCCCUGGCGGCCUUGUUGAGGAGGCUCCCGGGGCUCCUGCAGACGGCUGUGUGCCGUGCUGCGCCGCGGCUGGGCUCCGGCCUCUCCCUAAGUGGGGCGCAGGCCGGAGCCUGUGCUCCGUGGUGCUUGUUGGGGGGUGCCGGGCUGCAGGGGACGGCCCCGUAAGUGGGGUUCUGUGCGUCCCCUGGCCUCGGCGGGCGGUUGGAGGGACCCCCUGUAAUCAGGCGGGUAUCCCUGGCCCCGGUCUUUCAGAGGCGUGGGGCCAGGAGUCAUGGGGCCAGGCAUGCGCCCUCCCUGUCCUCAGGGCUGGGCUCGCGGCCCCUCGGGCCCCUCGGCCUUAGGCCGUGAGCUCGACUGCCUGACUCUAGAGGCUGGUUCCUGUUGCCUUGGGGGAAGGCCGUGCUCCGUGGCUCCCUGGGUGUGGGCCGGCCUGUAAGCAGGCUGCGGGUCUGGGAGCCUUUGUGCUCCCUUCAGCUGGCAGCCUGCGUGGGGCGCCCGCCCCGUUAGUGGGGAGCGGCCCGGAAUUGGAGAGAAGGAGCCUCCUUAGGCCUUGGGGACCAGAGCCGCCCUGUAAGUCGGGGCCAGUGCUCUGGGGCCCCGGGCACUUUGCAGUCCAGGCAGCGGCUUGAGCCCCCUGUAAGCAGGGGUGCAGCCUCUUGGCCGCUGCUUUGCACGCCCAGCUUCAUUUGCCCAGAGGGCCCGGCUCCCAGCACGGCGUGGGACCGCGUCGGACGUUGCGAUGAAGCCGUGGGACGACGAGGCAAGAGCGAGCUGGAGGAGCGGCGUCUUCGAGCUCAAGAGUGGAACGGCGAGGCAAGAGCGAGCUGGAGGAGCGGCGUCUUCGAGCUCAAGAGUGGAACGGCGAGGCAAGAGCAAGCUUCAGCAUUGGCAGCUUGCAGCUCAGGAUUGGAACAGCGAGAAGCCGUGGGACGACGAGGCAAGAGCGGCAGCGUCUUCGAGCUCAAGAGUGGAACGGCGAGGCAAGAGCCAGCUUGGAGCUGAAGAGGGGCCAGGAGGGGCCCUCUGGGCAAAGGGCUUUUCCAGGCCAGGGCACCUUCAGGGUGCCGCGGCUGGCUUUGCACUGGGCGCCCUCCCUGUCUGCAGGGCUGGGUCUUUGCUGUGGUCGGCCUUUUGCCGUCGUGCUCCUUUGGCUGCCCGGAGAGAGGGGCAACGCUGUAAGGAGGGGGAGAGCCCCUGUCUCCGCACCUGGGAGGGGAAACGGAGCUCUCCCGGCCCCCAGCCCGGCUACCCUGUAAGCAGGGCAGGGCUUUUCCCCAGCCCCGGCAGCUUUCUGCCUGCUGCUGGCCCCUGGCCAGCGUGACCCCCUGUACUCGGGGCGCGUCACAGCCCACGUCCCUGUGCCAGCCCUGAAGCGCCUCAGCGCGUCGAGGCCCCUGCGGCCUCCUUGGAGUGCACGGGCAGGGUCUGAUGCUUUCCUCUCCCGCUCAGUUUUAGGAAUGGCUCCCUAGAGCAGGUUGGCUGCACGGAACUUGCUCCCUCUUCUGGGACUGUCUUGCCCUCCCCUGUCUUCCCUUCCCCUGUCUUCCCCUUAGCUGGUGUGAGUGAGGAAGUGUGUUUGUGCUUCAGCCCCCCCUUUAGAGAUAGAGCAGCGUAGCUUAGACUUCCCAGGAGGGAAAGAGGGGUUCUGUGCAGCCACAGGCGGGUGCCCAAAAUGCACGGGUGGAGAAAGAGUCCGGCCUUGCCCCUGCUUUCUGAGGACAGCGCGAAGCCGCCUAACGGCAGCGGGGCAUUGUGACCCGCCUGUAGCCAGGGCCUGGGUCCUGCCGGCCCCGUACUCGGGGCACGUGUCGGGACCUUGCAGCGCCCUUUGCCCCAGGAGCAGCCCCACCCAGGUCCCUGUAAGCAGGGCUGGGGAGGCUCCUUUAGCCAGCUGACAGGAACCAGCGCUCCCGGGCCCUUGCCAGGGGGCAGGUUGAAGAAGUGCUGUGCCGCAGGGCGCGGUCCCACCUUUGGCGCUGCUUUGGGCUGGUGCCACCUCCCUGGCGGCCCUGUUGAGGAGGCUCCCGGGGCUCCUGCAGACGGCUGUGUGCCGUGCUGCGCCGCGGCUGGGCUCCGGCCUCUCCCUAAGUGGGGCGCAGGCCGGAGCCUGUGCUCCGUGGUGCUUGUUGGGGGGUGCCGGGCUGCAGGGGACGGCCCCGUAAGUGGGGUUCUGUGCGUCCCCUGGCCUCGGCGGGCGGUUGGAGGGACCCCCUGUAAUCAGGCGGGUAUCCCUGGCCCCGGUCUUUCAGAGGCGUGGGGCCAGGAGUCAUGGGGCCAGGCAUGCGCCCUCCCUGUCCUCAGGGCUGGGCUCGCGGCCCCUCGGGCCCCUCGGCCUUAGGCCGUGAGCUCGACUGCCUGACUCUAGAGGCUGGUUCCUGUUGCCUUGGGGGAAGGCCGUGCUCCGUGGCUCCCUGGGUGUGGGCCGGCCUGUAAGCAGGCUGCGGGUCUGGGAGCCUUUGUGCUCCCUUCAGCUGGCAGCCUGCGUGGGGCGCCCGCCCCGUUAGUGGGGAGCGGCCCGGAAUUGGAGAGAAGGAGCCUCCUUAGGCCUUGGGGACCAGAGCCGCCCUGUAAGUCGGGGCCAGUGCUCUGGGGCCCCGGGCACUUUGCAGUCCAGGCAGCGGCUUGAGCCCCCUGUAAGCAGGGGUGCAGCCUCUUGGCCGCUGCUUUGCACGCCCAGCUUCAUUUGCCCAGAGGGCCCGGCUCCCAGCACGGCGUGGGACCGCGUCGGACGUUGCGAUGAAGCCGUGGGACGACGAGGCAAGAGCGAGCUGGAGGAGCGGCGUCUUCGAGCUCAAGAGUGGAACGGCGAGGCAAGAGCGAGCUGGAGGAGCGGCGUCUUCGAGCUCAAGAGUGGAACGGCGAGGCAAGAGCGAGCUUCAGCAUUGGCAGCUUGCAGCUCAGGAUUGGAACAGCGAGAAGCCGUGGGACGACGAGGCAAGAGCGGCAGCGUCUUCGAGCUCAAGAGUGGAACGGCGAGGCAAGAGCCAGCUUGGAGCUGAAGAGGGGCCAGGAGGGGCCCUCUGGGCAAAGGGCUUUUCCAGGCCAGGGCACCUUCAGGGUGCCGCGGCUGGCUUUGCACUGGGCGCCCUCCCUGUCUGCAGGGCUGGGUCUUUGCUGUGGUCGGCCUUUUGCCGUCGUGCUCCUUUGGCUGCCCGGAGAGAGGGGCAACGCUGUAAGGAGGGGGAGAGCCCCUGUCUCCGCACCUGGGAGGGGAAACGGAGCUCUCCCGGCCCCCAGCCCGGCUACCCUGUAAGCAGGGCAGGGCUUUUCCCCAGCCCCGGCAGCUUUCUGCCUGCUGCUGGCCCCUGGCCAGCGUGACCCCCUGUACUCGGGGCGCGUCACAGCCCACGUCCCUGUGCCAGCCCUGAAGCGCCUCAGCGCGUCGAGGCCCCUGCGGCCUCCUUGGAGUGCACGGGCAGGGUCUGAUGCUUUCCUCUCCCGCUCAGUUUUAGGAAUGGCUCCCUAGAGCAGGUUGGCUGCACGGAACUUGCUCCCUCUUCUGGGACUGUCUUGCCCUCCCCUGUCUUCCCUUCCCCUGUCUUCCCCUUAGCUGGUGUGAGUGAGGAAGUGUGUUUGUGCUUCAGCUCCCCCUUUAGAGAUAGAGCAGCGUAGCUUAGACUUCCCAGGAGGGAAAGAGGGGUUCUGUGCAGCCACAGGCGGGUGCCCAAAAUGCACGGGUGGAGAAAGUGUCCGGCCUUGCCCCUGCUUUCUGAGGACAGCGCGAAGCCGCCUAACGGCAGCGGGGCAUUGUGACCCGCCUGUAGCCAGGGCCUGGGUCCUGCCGGCCCCGUACUCGGGGCACGUGUCGGGACCUUGCAGCGCCCUUUGCCCCAGGAGCAGCCCCACCCAGGUCCCUGUAAGCAGGGCUGGGGAGGCUCCUUUAGCCAGCUGACAGGAACCAGCGCUCCCGGGCCCUUGCCAGGGGGCAGGUUGAAGAAGUGCUGUGCCGCAGGGCGCGGUCCCACCUUUGGCGCUGCUUUGGGCUGGUGCCACCUCCCUGGCGGCCUUGUUGAGGAGGCUCCCGGGGCUCCUGCAGACGGCUGUGUGCCGUGCUGCGCCGCGGCUGGGCUCCGGCCUCUCCCUAAGUGGGGCGCAGGCCGGAGCCUGUGCUCCGUGGUGCUUGUUGGGGGGUGCCGGGCUGCAGGGGACGGCCCCGUAAGUGGGGUUCUGUGCGUCCCCUGGCCUCGGCGGGCGGUUGGAGGGACCCCCUGUAAUCAGGCGGGUAUCCCUGGCCCCGGUCUUUCAGAGGCGUGGGGCCAGGAGUCAUGGGGCCAGGCAUGCGCCCUCCCUGUCCUCAGGGCUGGGCUCGCGGCCCCUCGGGCCCCUCGGCCUUAGGCCGUGAGCUCGACUGCCUGACUCUAGAGGCUGGUUCCUGUUGCCUUGGGGGAAGGCCGAGCUCCGUGGCUCCCUGGGUGUGGGCCGGCCUGUAAGCAGGCUGCGGGUCUGGGAGCCUUUGUGCUCCCUUCAGCUGGCAGCCUGCGUGGGGCGCCCGCCCCGUUAGUGGGGAGCGGCCCGGAAUUGGAGAGAAGGAGCCUCCUUAGGCCUUGGGGACCAGAGCCGCCCUGUAAGUCGGGGCCAGUGCUCUGGGGCCCCGGGCACUUUGCAGUCCAGGCAGCGGCUUGAGCCCCCUGUAAGCAGGGGUGCAGCCUCUUGGCCGCUGCUUUGCACGCCCAGCUUCAUUUGCCCAGAGGGCCCGGCUCCCAGCACGGCGUGGGACCGCGUCGGACGUUGCGAUGAAGCCGUGGGACGACGAGGCAAGAGCGAGCUGGAGGAGCGGCGUCUUCGAGCUCAAGAGUGGAACGGCGAGGCAAGAGCGAGCUGGAGGAGCGGCGUCUUCGAGCUCAAGAGUGGAACGGCGAGGCAAGAGCGAGCUUCAGCAUUGGCAGCUUGCAGCUCAGGAUUGGAACAGCGAGAAGCCGUGGGACGACGAGGCAAGAGCGGCAGCGUCUUCGAGCUCAAGAGUGGAACGGCGAGGCAAGAGCCAGCUUGGAGCUGAAGAGGGGCCAGGAGGGGCCCUCUGGGCAAAGGGCUUUUCCAGGCCAGGGCACCUUCAGGGUGCCGCGGCUGGCUUUGCACUGGGCGCCCUCCCUGUCUGCAGGGCUGGGUCUUUGCUGUGGUCGGCCUUUUGCCGUCGUGCUCCUUUGGCUGCCCGGAGAGAGGGGCAACGCUGUAAGGAGGGGGAGAGCCCCUGUCUCCGCACCUGGGAGGGGAAACGGAGCUCUCCCGGCCCCCAGCCCGGCUACCCUGUAAGCAGGGCAGGGCUUUUCCCCAGCCCCGGCAGCUUUCUGCCUGCUGCUGGCCCCUGGCCAGCGUGACCCCCUGUACUCGGGGCGCGUCACAGCCCACGUCCCUGUGCCAGCCCUGAAGCGCCUCAGCGCGUCGAGGCCCCUGCGGCCUCCUUGGAGUGCACGGGCAGGGUCUGAUGCUUUCCUCUCCCGCUCAGUUUUAGGAAUGGCUCCCUAGAGCAGGUUGGCUGCACGGAACUUGCUCCCUCUUCUGGGACUGUCUUGCCCUCCCCUGUCUUCCCUUCCCCUGUCUUCCCCUUAGCUGGUGUGAGUGAGGAAGUGUGUUUGUGCUUCAGCCCCCCCUUUAGAGAUAGAGCAGCGUAGCUUAGACUUCCCAGGAGGGAAAGAGGGGUUCUGUGCAGCCACAGGCGGGUGCCCAAAAUGCACGGGUGGAGAAAGUGUCCGGCCUUGCCCCUGCUUUCUGAGGACAGCGCGAAGCCGCCUAACGGCAGCGGGGCAUUGUGACCCGCCUGUAGCCAGGGCCUGGGUCCUGCCGGCCCCGUACUCGGGGCACGUGUCGGGACCUUGCAGCGCCCUUUGCCCCAGGAGCAGCCCCACCCAGGUCCCUGUAAGCAGGGCUGGGGAGGCUCCUUUAGCCAGCUGACAGGAACCAGCGCUCCCGGGCCCUUGCCAGGGGGCAGGUUGAAGAAGUGCUGUGCCGCAGGGCGCGGUCCCACCUUUGGCGCUGCUUUGGGCUGGUGCCACCUCCCUGGCGGCCUUGUUGAGGAGGCUCCCGGGGCUCCUGCAGACGGCUGUGUGCCGUGCUGCGCCGCGGCUGGGCUCCGGCCUCUCCCUAAGUGGGGCGCAGGCCGGAGCCUGUGCUCCGUGGUGCUUGUUGGGGGGUGCCGGGCUGCAGGGGACGGCCCCGUAAGUGGGGUUCUGUGCGUCCCCUGGCCUCGGCGGGCGGUUGGAGGGACCCCCUGUAAU